AUGGCGAGCCAGUCGGAUCUCCAGCCUGGAGUCGAGGAGAUAGCCGCAUUCGUGGACGACAGCGUCUUCACUCAGUUGAGCGCGAAACUGGGGGACGCGAAGGAAGGCAACGAGGGAGCACUGGAGAAGAAGCCUCUUCGCAUCGAUAAGUAUUUGAAAAAAUAUCGCGACGCGGGACUCCGGGUCUCUCAGAAAGAAUUUAAUGGAUGCUUGGAGGUGAAGAUUGGGAUCGUAUACGAGCACCCAGACGUGACGGUCGAUCUUGCGGAAACCAUUACGGUCAAGACGAUUGAAGACCUCCUGGCAAAGUUUGUUCCGGAAGACAACCCCCUCAUCACCAAGCUGGGUGAAGACGAAAUGAUUCGACUCUCGGAUGCGUUCACUAAAGUCACGUACGUCGGCAAGGCCCAAGACGACCUCGCAGAAUACCUGCGGGACUGCUGGAAAGAGUACAACCCUGCAAAGUACAAGGCGCCAUGUGUGGCGGUUGUGCAGAGUUCCGGCUUCGGCAAGAGUCGGACAGUGCGUGAGCUUGCGCUCAAGGCAGAACGAGAACCGAACUUGAACCUGAAAGUUUUGUACAUGUGCGCGCGUGUGCACCGAUCGACGGGGUUUCCGGAGGCUACGAGUAAGCUUCGUGAUUCGCUGUUUGACCCUGCCGCCUCCUCAGUGCAAGAGGUCGCCAGGCGAUUGAAGGCGAUUUACUGCUAUGCGAAAGAUCAUUGGGCGGACGUUCAGACGGAAUGGCUGGAGCUGUUUAUCGACAAUGCAACUGACAGUUCCGAUCCAGAUGGCAAAAUGGUGGUUCUGGUGAUCGAUGAAGCGAGAAGUCUGCUGGCUGAGGUGGAUGGCAAGAAGAACGAUUUUCGUAUAUUGCGAAAUGCUCUUAAAUCCGCUAACGAAGAUAUCGGCCCCGAAGGAGGCAUUUUCGGCGUGCUGAUUGAUACGAACUCGCAGAUCUCGGACCUGACGCCGCCUCUGUUGUUGGACCCAUCUUCUCGGAAAUCUGGAGGUAGUUUGGCAUCGUUCGCGCCGCUUGUACUAGCUGAUACGAUGGACGCACACUGGGAUGACUACUUUGAAGAUGAAGAGAUAAACGAGGGAACCCAAGUUGCGGUGGGAGCUGAAGACGAAGAGAAAACGAAACAGCAAGAACGUGCUAAGAUAGCCAUGUACAAGACCGUCGUAACUGGAAGUGACGCACUUACCCCGAUCCAGCUCAUAAAGUUCGCGUGA